AUGAGGCCCGACAAAAAACGGGGCACGUGCGCCGCCUCGGGAUCGUCCGCCUCGCACGUUCUCGCGUCACCUCGUGGCGAAACGUCUCGCUUGUUCGCGUCUGCACGCUCGACGCCACACAUUUCUUCGACUCCUUAUGUCGUCUCUCCUCUCAACAGGCCUGCCUCAGCGCUCUGCGCGGGGAAUCCGAAGCCUCCGCGCGGUCCGCUCUCAGAACACCGUGGGUGUCUCCUCUUUAGCCUGGCCUCCGUCGCCUCUCUUUUGUCGCUCGCUGCUUCUGCGCUCCCCUACGAGCCGGCGCCGCGUGGGGCGCCUGCGGGGACUGUGUCUGCCUCCCCGCGGGGGGAAGCCUCGGUGGAGGAUGCUCUCGAGGAAAAGUACACUCCGCGGAACUGCAAGUACCGUCCGCUCCCCAUGACUCUCAACGACUUUGCGUACUUGUCCUAUAAUGGCGAAAUCACGCUCGGAGAUGUCUUUGGAUUGCCUGCGUCGUCCAUUCUCCACGAGCAACGAGUCUCCUUCUCCAUCGCCUCCGAGGCGGAAACGUCUGCGAACUCACGUCGGGCCAUCCUCUCCGUGAGCGUCGAAAUGCACAGAGACAACGUCGCAGAAUUUAACCACCUCGAGCUGUACAGACGCCGCAAGAGCGAGAAACCGCAUCCGGCGCUCUCGGCCUCAGAGGCGGCGGCUGCUGCCGACGGCGCUGGUGCCAUGCAGUCGGCCAUCAGGAGACAGCAGGCGGUCGCAGUUGGGAGGCGCGUCGAGGGCGCCGGGGGCCCGCGGACGAAGGUCGUCCUCAGCGCGGCGCUCAGCGACGAAGACGGCGAUGCGGUCUUCGACUUGGUGAGACAGGAAACGAGACUCGGGCGAGCAGGCGGGAAGGCUGAAGAGGUGUUCAGCUUCCGGGACUCUCGAGGGCGCACGCCGCUGGCAGACGGAGAGACGAUCGGCCACUCGCCGCUCCUCCCGUGCUUCCCGGUUCGUGUCGACCUCUCAGUGGUCCCAGUUGACCGCAUGCCCCUGCACAUUCCGUCAAAUUGCCCGGCCGAGUCUUCCCUGCCCAAGACUGCGGAAGUCGUGACUCUCGGCGACGCGCCGCUCACGCUCUCGAAUCCGCCGGAAGCGCCCUUCGUGUUUGUUUUCCGCAACGUCUCGUCCUGGGCUCCGUACAGUCUGCCGGUCUGGAGCACGAGCGUCGACGUUCCCCGCCGGCUACACCGAUUCGCACGCUUCUUCUUCAGGCUCUCCUUCCGAUUUGUCUCAGGUCCACUUCAGCUUUUGCUGGAGCUUUUCGACGAGAAAUCGCAGCCUGAUCCGCAUGCGACGGGGCCGCAGUGUCUCCUUGGCUGCAUGGGCGCGACGCCGACGUACAACGGGCAUCUGUUUGACCACGCCAUGCCCACCGGCUUUUUGUACAAGAUUUGGGUUCUUGCGGGGGAGCCAAUGUUUCUGGAAGACCACGCGACGCAGUGCAUGCAGUUCGAUCUGGAGUAUCGUGUCAACUACGAGACGCGCCUCACGCCCUUUGAGGUCGGCCACCAUUCCUGGAUGUGCAAAUUCGCGCGCCUGCCGACGGCGAUUCACCAGAUCGAGGAAGGCGAACGCGGGGAAAACACGGCGGAGGCAGCCGCGGACCCUGUCGGCGCUGUGUAUGCGCGUAGCCUCGACUUCAAGGACUGGGUCGGAUUUCCACCCGACGAGGUCGACGAAAUGAUGCACUUUGUCGAUCUCCACAUCAAAGAGCCGAGUGACAUUGCUGUGUCGCUGUAUCAAGCGAACCUCCGACUUCGAACGGCAUUGACGUCGGGGAAUGGUGACAACCUCGAAGAGAUGUGCGGGGAGAAAGUCCUCGGCGACAAAGACAGCGGCAUGGUGGCCUUGCACUGCCGGGUCGCUCCGGGAACUUACCAUCUCGCCUUAUUUGCGGAGUAUCCGCUCGGAGGUCUGCCGCCCUGUGACGGCUUCUACAUGCGCCUAACCGUCAAACCCCUCGCGCUCCUGAACCAACGCUACGGGUGUGUGAAUCGGGCGUCGGCGAGCACCAUGCAGCUGCCGCCUCUCCUCAUUUCGCCCAGUGGACCUCCGCCGCUGUCGGCGCCUCCGCCCUCGGAAGACGUCAUCGACCUCGGUGUGGUGACGGAAGCCCGCGAGGAGAAUUUCCGAACUUUUGUUUUUCGCAUGACGCCGCCCCCCGUCAAGGCAAACGGAGCCUUCAAAGUUGUCGCCCAGGGCCGCUUCACUGUGGAGAAGUCGCUCUCGCAAGUGUACGUCCACCUCGCCGUGCUCUCCGACUUCACAGCUGCAGAUUUGGCAGGCAUUAUUCGGCGAGAAGGGGGCGACGAGGGGGAGUCGAGUGCAACGCAUGCGCUCUCCUUCUCGCACGACUAUCAGCAUCUGGUUGGCCCUUUUGAUGCCGGGACGUACACCGUCGAGAUCGUCGCGCUGACUCCCGAGACGCUUGAUUUUGUUGCCGCGAACAGUGCCCAGGAGCUCUGCAUCCCGUUCGUCAUCGACUUGCGCCUCGUCACGCGCUCCGGCGACGACAUCCACAGCGGCACGUGGUUGUGCAAAAAUGAUACUCCGCACUUGCCGCGCUACAUCCGGGGUGAAGUGGAUGUCGAGAUGACUCUAGACAAAGAGUUUCUCCUUCCGGCGAGUGGCCACCAGCAUCUUCACUUGUACAUUCCUCGAAACUCUAUGCUCAAAGUUCACGUCCGGUCGCCGCACAGCUCGGAGCCUCGCAUUUCCAUUUUCCCGAAGGAGAGGCCGCAAGACAAACUCGGCGAAGCGUACACCGACUUGUUUCUGGAGACCGAUGUGGAGGGCGAGUACAUUGUUCGCAUCGCCUUCUCGCUGCAGUCGACCUCGCUGCCGCCGUGUCCUACUGCGCAGCUUCACCUCGUCCUUGUGCCCAAGUCGGCGGUUCCUCAGUGCCCAUGGGCUCGAGGAGGUGGUCUUUCGCGGGAUGAAUUGAAAACCCGAGCAGAAGAGCAUCUUCGCCGCACGCUAGAUGCUGGGAUCUUCAUUCCGAAGCAAAUCGCCGCGCACCGUUUGGAAGUUGCAGCGCCCAGAGAUUUCUGGCUCUCGCCGUCUGUGAAUCCUGAAUUCGCCUUCUCCUCCGACUCGCCCGCCACGAGCGUCCGAGUCGAGGUUGUGCUGCAUCCGCCGUGGAUUCCCGCCCAACUCUUGCUCUUUAAGCGAGACAGUCUGGGCCUCCGCCGAAAGCCGGAAGCGGUGUCGCUGCUGACGCAAAACCGACUGCUCCUGCUCGCCACAGACGUCGGAUCCGGCGACUUUGUCCUCAGACUGAAAAUCUACGACGAAGUGGACAGUCCCACCGAACGCCUCUGUGCCCAUGCCACCAUCCACGCGGAGAUUGGCGAUGCGGAUGAGACUACGGUCAACGCGUUACGGGCAGAGCUGCUGAGCCUUCCGGAUUUGAUGCCGGUGGAGCCUCCGCUCUCGUCUUUCAACCGUCGGGGAUGGUUGUCGCUUCCAGAUGUCCCGGUUUUUUCGACUUCUGUCUUCCGUUUCGACGAGGAGAAUCCCACGACGGCGGUCUCAUCUCCUGCCCCACGCGACCUGAAGCGCCGCCCCCAAUUCGCCGCUCGCGCUGAGCCGGAGGCGACCGGUCAAGACGCGAUUCGCCUUGAAAAGGGUGCGUCCGCGACGCUUUUGACCGUCGAGAAGCCGACUCUGCUUCGCGUCGCCUCUGAGCCUGCCGUGCUGUCGAGAGACCGACUCCUGAUGCGCGUUUUUUGCAGAAAAGACGCAGUGGCCGCGGCGCAGACUGGAGAGACACGCCAGCGUGCGGCGGUGCCGGGAACCGUUCGCAAAGAAGAAGGGAAAGACGACCUCGUCGUCGGCAGUGUGGGCGGCGAAGACGACGACGGGCUGAACUUCAUGCUCAUCGAAGAGGCCGACAGCAAUCUCCUCGUUCUUCUUAAUCCGGGAACCUACAAAUUCACCUACCAAGCUGAAGGUCCCUUCCUCAUCACCUUUGAGGCAUGCGUGUCUGCUUCAGGCAUUUCGUCCGUGGAUCAGCUGCAUCGGGACUUGCUCUUUCAUCCCGCAUCCCCCGGCGGCGUGCGCGACUCCGAGUCGCCGUGCCUCGCGAACCCUCCGGCGCUGUCCCUGCCGUCGCCGCUUCCUUUCUUCUUCGAGAGUGAAACCUUCGACGUCAAGUUGCAGCCGUCCUUCGUUCAGAAGCAAGGCGAAAUCAUGAACGUGCCGCUGCACGUCACGACGCCAUCUGUGCUCUACGUGGAAUCGGGCUCGAACUUUCUCCUGGAUUUCAUCAAGGUCGGCGUCCGCGUUGCAGAGGGCACGUGGAUCGGCGAGCAGCGAGGCCGAGUCAACUUCCUUCGGCUUAUAUUAGAGCCAGGCACGCACUACCUCAAAAUCUACAACACGCAUGCAAACAAUGUCUACAAGCCCGAGCACGAGAUCAAACAAUCUGUCGACUCCCAGAGGUGUCUCCACUUUUCCCUCAAGAUCAGAGUGGUUGCGGUCAACUACGCAGGCCCCGAAGGCGACGCAGACGCAGCUGACAGCUGUUUUUCCUUCGGUGCCAUGUCUCUGCCCCUGGACCUUCACAGCAGUGAAGGUGGAAGCGCGGCUCUGGGCGGCCCCAUCGACGCGAACGGCCGUUUGUUGAUUCGAAGCAAAAUCGUGUUGACUGACGCAAAUGGAGAAGGAAAAAAGCGCGUCGCUCUCGACACAAAGGGGAAGGAUUUGGUACUGAAGCUCGGCGUCUUCUCAGAAGACCACGACAGAAGCGUCGUCGUUCAGGUCGAGGAUGCCCAUUCGCUCCCCGUCGCGGCGGUGCACGACUGGACAAUAAGCGAUGGCGGAUACGAGAAACUGUUUGAGUUGGACGGCUCCAAGAGAAAAUACAACGCGCUAGACCAGAGUUCAACAUUUUAUCUCACCUUCCGCCUCGAUCGAGCAGCAGUUGCAGGCGCCGCGCCCUGCGUCGUCUUCGACCUCAUCAUCCAAGUCAUGCCCAUGGAGGAUAAACACAAGAUGGCUGAGUGCGCCGCAUCUGGAGGCGCGAGCGUUUCGCCCGUCUCGAUUUCGCAAUUCUUUCCCAGAGCAGCCGUCGCGGCUGCAGCCGAUCGAAGCUCGUCGUUCCACUCCGGUCGCCAGCAGCACGUCAGCACGGCGCUGACGGCGGUGCGUGAACCGCGCGAUGGCUUCCUGGCCGAAAUUCCCUUCUCCCUCGCAGAGGAGUCGUUUAUUUUGGCAGAAGUCCAGUACAACUUUUUCCUGUCGCACAUCGAACUCGACGUCGUUGAGGGCGGAGAUCAUCGGCAUCGCAGCCAAGAGAGCAUUUCCUUCGGAGAACUCGACUUCAUCAACAAGGGAAAUCAUCCGCUGAACACGCGCCAGUGGGUAGCCACCCAGCUCGAACCGGGCAACUACGUCCUGCGCGUCGCCGACGAUCAUUAUGGAAACCAUUUUCCGAGGAGUUACAUGGGCGAGCCUUGCUUCCCUCUCAAGUUCCAGUUUCAAGUGUUUUCUCUCGCGUCUCCUCAAACGCGCCCGACAGUGAUCGGCGUCCAUCCUGACCCGUCCCUCCCCGUCAAAUAUGGACAGGACCUCGUGGUUUUGCUGCGCCUUUCCACGCCGCCUUCGGCGGCCGGAGAGAGUGCGUCCAGUGAGACUAUUCGGCGGUCGGCGUAUUUGUUUGGAGAGACCGGAGUCACGCUCUACCCGACGCACUUUGCAAAUCUCGACAGCUACGACGACGCCUACGAGCCGGAGGACGCGCAGAGCGAUGCCCACUCCACCGGCGUGGUAUGGUCCUUCUUGUUCGCAGCGGACAAGCUGCAGCGCCUGGGCAACUCCGCCAAGUUCGUUCUCGAAUUCACCAGCAAACGCGGAGGCCAACCGUACACCUUCGGCAUCCUCCGCUCGGGUGUACAUACGCCUGCCGGAUCGACCUUCAGCAGCAGCGACGGCGCGGACUACAUUACGGAGGUGAAGUUCACUUUCUUGUCUCCGGGCACGCUCCGAGAAAACGCGCCGUGGACAGGCGGCCUCGCCUCUUUCGCCCUCCAACCCGCGGCUUCGCUGGCGCCUGCCCCGGGGCGGGCGACGCCGGCAGUCGCACAGGUCUCGGCCUCUGCGGGGACCAUUCAUCGGGAAAGCAGCGCCCAAAAAGCGGAGGCGCCUCCGCCCAAGAGCGAGGUGCUACGAGAGCUCGACCGCGCCUCCGCGCCGUCCACGGUUUCUCCUCCGGGUGCGCGCGGUCCGCUGAUUCCUCCGAAAGUGUCUCGAAGUGAACUUUUGGUCGAAGACGACGAGGCGGACGAGCCGACGAAACCCGGCCGGGUGGCGCCGUGGGAUCGCGCGCCGCGCGUCACGGAGGGAACGCGCCGAGCGAAGCGGAAGGAUCCGUAUGCAACGCACGACACGUCGGUGUCGGAGUGGGAGAAACCGGAUAGGGAGGACGACCUGGGGUGUGGUCCCGACAUGCGCUGGAACGAGGAGACUGCGGAGUGCGAAGAACUCGAUGACGACCUAGAUGGGCCCGCCACGCUCCUGCUGGUUUUUGUCUCUCUUAUUGGCGUCACCGGCCUGCUUCUUCUCUCGCGUUAUGUGUUGCGAAGAAGAGCAAAGGGCGCAGCGCGACACCCGUACCGCCUCGCACGGGCGAAUUCCGCGGGAUCCGACUCCUUCGACUUCCUUCCAGGGCAGAACGCGCUGGGAUCGCCGGCGGGACUGUCGGACAGAGACGACGACGUCUGA